AUGAAAUUCAGCGCUUCUCUGCGUAUAGAGGCUCUUCCUCACCUCAUCGGGAUAACAUCGGCGCUGCAGCGGUUAUCUAGAGGGGGGCCCCCCGGCAGUUGCUGCCUAAAAUUAUCCCCAAAGAAACUUAGUCUUAAUACAAGACAGUCAUCAUGCGAGUUAUACGCUGAAUUGGAUAUGGCGGAAGUAUUUAGUGCAGGUUGGAUAUUAGAGAGUAAAAGGAAUAAUUGUGUUGCUCUGCAAAUAGAGCCAAGACAAUUAUUAGGUACCCUUAAAUUAGCACAAAAUUGUGCUAGGAUUACUGUUAAACUCGCCAAGCGAUCGGGACAAGGAGCGUUGGUGUUUGAAUUUACGGACCUGCAUCUGGCUAAUGUUUGGAUUACACAGGAUUGCCGUGUUGUUCCGCUACAGGGUCAAGCAGUAGAUGAGGCAGGGACCCCUGAAAUCCCUCCUUGCAAGUCGAAUUUAGAGCUUCCCCGUGUGAAGAGUCUUCUUCAAAUGCUCGAACGCCUACGGAAGCUUGGUAGCGAUGAGGUGACGCUGGAGGGCAACAUAAACCCUCAUGACUCCAAUGCAUUUGAUUUGGCUGUUUCUGCGGCCUCCGACCUCGUAACCGCCAAGGCGAUGUACACUCGCUGCUGCCGUCUCGUGCCGGAAGGACAGGAAGCUCCUGCGGAGGUUUCCUUCGUCCGAUCAGUCGUCACGAAACACCUCAUUGCUGGUCUCAAGGCCCUGUUGGACUGCAGCAACAGCCAAGACGGUCUUGUGGCGCUACUGGUGCCGGAGGACGAGUCGCUGCAUGGCUGGUUGUCGGUAGUACUACAGAAUGAAGUGGAGUCCUUCCGUGUGCUGCUUGUACUGCCAACAGUCACUCACAAGGGCCCCAUCGAGUAA